AUGAACCCCUCCCCUGCCCCUCAGUGGAGCACAGACCCGCAGAGAGGGGCAGACACCAGCGGUACGUACAACUCUACCUUAGCUCCCCACCUCCUGCAAAAGCUCCAGGUACCUGACCACCACAUCUCCUCCACCACUUCCAACUGCGUCCGUCGUCUCGCUGACUUCACCUUACAUGAGCAGCCAUGGCAGCAUAUCUCUCGUGCCGAUGAGCCUGAUGAAACCGCAUCCCAAGGGUACCCGACUGGCCCAGCCCAGCCCCAUUCUGCAUUCUCCUCUCUCUCUUCCCUCGUCCGACUCCCAUCAAGUCUUUCCAGUGGCUUUGCCCAGCCUAGCGUGCCAUUGAUGAUGCAAGACGCCCGUAUCAUUCCCCUCUCUUUCCCAUCUUUGCUUGUCACCUUGUCUCUGUCUCGUAUGCUCGGCGGGGGUUGCGCGCGCCUGUUCAUGUUGAUAUAA